AUGAUCAGGCAGUACAUAGUGGAUAACCACCGCCAUUGGGACAAACACCUAGGAGAGUUUCGUCUCGCCAUAAACUCUGCGGUGCAUGACUCUACAGGUUACAGUCCGGCUUUCCUGAACUUCGGAAGAGAAUUAAAAUUACCCAAUUCAUUACUUCAAGUACAGUUCAUCGAAGGAGAGGAGGCAACCCCGUCUAGACUGAUUUGUGAGCGCAGCGAACGUUUCCGAGCCAUCAAUGAGUACGUAAGGCGGAAUCUGAGUCAAGCUCACAAGAGACAAGCCAGUUACUACAACUUAAGAAGGCGACCAAACACAUUGAAGGUAGGCCAACAGGUUCUGUGCCGACGUCACGACCUCUCCGACGCAUCGAAAGGUUUCACUGCAAAACUAGCACCGAAGUUUGACGGUCCCUACACCAUUGUAAAAGGAUUGGGGGUAAAUAUUUUUCACCUCAAGUCGGACAGUGGACGCACCAUUCGAGCCCAUGUAAAGGACCUCAAACCUUACCUGUCAUAA